CUUAAAUUAUUUUAUAUGAAAGAAAGAAUUAAAUACUUGAAUGAUAAAAAUGUGAAUGUAAAAGGCAAAUAUGUUGCUUAUUGGAUAUAAGCCAGUUAGAGAACAAAAUAUAAUCAUGCUCUUGAAUUAGCUAUAUAAAAGGCAAAUCAAGAACAACUACCUUUAUUUUGCUUUUUCGGUCUUACCAAAUACCCUGCUGCUAAUUAAAGACCUUAUCAUUUUAUGUUAGAAGGUAUUUUAAUAUUCUUAUAAAAUAUAGGAUUGCAAUAACUAAAAAUUAGUCUUGCUAAAAGAAAAAUUUUAUUUGGAGUAGCCAAAUAAUCUCCAGAUGAUUUAGCUAUUUCUAUUGCUAAAAAUGCUAAAUUACUUAUUGUUGAUUGUGGCUAUCUUAGAAUCUAAAAAUAAUGGAGAAAAAAAGUAGCAGAUUCUAUUGAUUGUUAAUUUAUAUAAGUUGAAACUGAUGUUUUAGUACCUGUUGAAUAAGCAAGUGAAAAAGAGGAAUGGGCAGCAAAGACAAUAAGACCUAAAAUUUAAUCACUUAUUAAGUAUUUUGCUAAAGAAUUAAAUGAAGAAGAUUUAUAAAAAAAAAUGGAUAAAUUACCUUUCUAAGAGUACGAUAUUUCAAACAUUUAAAAAUGCAUAGAUGAUUUAGAUGUUGAUAAAAGUGUUUCUAUUGUAUAAUAAUUCAAAGGAGGUGAAAUAGAAGCUCAAACUAGAUUGCAAGAAUUUCUAAAUAAAAAAUUAAAAAAUUAUGCUAAAAAUAGAAAUGAUCCAUCUCUAAAUGCAACAUCUAACUUAUCUCCUUAUUUACAUUUUGGAAUGAUUUCUCCAUUAAAUAUAUAUUUAGAGGCUAUGAAAUUUCCUGCAUCUGAUAGUCGAGAUUCAUUUUUAGAAGAAUUAAUUGUAAGGAGAGAAUUAUCGAUGAAUUUUUGCUAUUAUAAUGACUUGUAUGAUAAAUAUGAAGGUUUGCCAACCUGGGCAAAAAAUACAUUAUAAGAACAUGCUAAAGACAAAAGAGAAUAUAUAUAUACAUUAGAAUAAUUUGAGAAGGCAAAGACACAUGAUGUCUAUUGGAAUAGUGCAUAGUUUGAAGCAAUUCAUAAAGGUAAGAUUAGUGGAUAUAUGAGAAUGUAUUGGGGAAAAAAGGUAAUAGAAUGGACAGAAUCUCCUUAAUAAGCUUUUGAAUAUUUGGUUUAUUUAAAUGAUAAAUAUCAUUUAGAUGGAAGAGAUGCUAAUGGUUAUACAGGAGUAGCUUGGUGUUUUGGAAAACAUGAUAGACCUUGGACAGGUAGAAAGAUAUUUGGAAAUAUUAGAUAUAUGAUUGAUAGUGGUUUAAAACGUAAGUUUGAUACAGUUCAAUAUGUGACAAGUGUAAAUUAGUUAAAGAAGUAAUAGUAAAAAUGAAUUUAUUAAUUAUAUUAUAUAAAAA